UUCUAUUGCAUUCGUUUCUGUUCUUACCUUUGGUACUUCUUUCUGCUCUCUCUGGGAUUUACUCCAUUCUUUUUGUAAUUGCUUAAGUUGAAUGCUUAGAUACUUUUUUUUUUUAACAUAGUUUUGUGAUAAAUGCAUUUAAGGCUAUAAGCUUCCCUUCAGUGUUGCAACUUUCGAUGUGUCAUAUUUUCGUUGUUGGGCAAUUCUAAAUUUUUCCUAAUUUCUGUUGUGAUUGUCUCUUCAGCAGCUGUUACUUAGGAGUGCACAUUUUAGUUUCUAAGAAUAUGGCAUUCUUAAAAUAAACCAAAAAACAACUUUCUUUUUACACUAAAAAGAAAAAUUUAGUUCUAGGAGGUUUUUUGUUUUGUUUUGUUUUUUUCUUUUGUAACAUCCUUGGGAUUUUCUACAUAGACAGUCAUAUCAUCCGAAAUAGGGGCAGUUUUAGUUCUUCCUUCUCAUGUAUGGCUGCCUUUUAUUUUAUUUUCUCAUCUUCGUGCACUGGCUAGAACCUCCGGUACUACACUGCACAAAGGUGGUGAGAGUGGACAGCCUUGCCUCGUUCUGACUUACAGGGAAAGCAUUCAGUCUUUCAUUGUUAAGUAUAAUGUUAGCUGUAGGUUUCUUGCAUCUAUAUCACGAGAAUUGUUUGUCUCUAGUUUUCUUUUUUGUAUUGUCUUUGUUUGGUUAUGGUAUCUGGGUAAUACUAGCUUCAUAAAAUGAAUUGAGAAGUAUCUCCUCCUCUUCUAUUUUCUGGACGAGAUUGUGUAAAAUUUUUCUUUCAAUGUUGGUAGAAUUCUCCAUGAAACCAUCUGGGCUGGAGAGUUCUUUCUUUGGGAUUUUUAAAAUUAUGAGUUCAAUGUCCAUAAUAGUUAUGCGGCUAUUCCCAUGAUCCAUUUCAAAUUGGGUAAGUUGUGGUAAUUUAUGCUUUUCUAGGAUUGGUUCCAUUUCAUCUAAAUUGUCAAAUUUUUAUCGUUGUUUGUAAUAUUCCCUUACUUUCCUUUUGGUGUCUGAAAGAUCUGUAGUGAUGUCCCCAUUUAUCAGUUUUUCUAGAAUUUGUCAAUUUGAUUGAUCUUUUCAAAGAAAUGCUUUUUGUUUCAUUGAUUUUCUCUAUUAUUUGUCCAUUUACAUUUUAAUUGAUUUCUGCUGCCUUUAGAAUUUCCUUUCCUUCUGCUUGCUUUCGGUUUAUUUUUGCUCUUCUUUUUCUAGUUCAUAAGGUAGAAGUUUACAUUUUUUUCAUUUGAAAAAUACAUUCUUACAUAGUCUUUUCUAAUAUAAACAUUAAUGCUAUGAAUUUCCCUCUAAACCCUGUUUGUUGCUGCCCACACUUUUGUAUGUUGUAUUUUCGUUUUUAUUCAGUUCACCUUAUUUUGUAGUUUCCCUCUUUUGACCCACUAAUGAUUUUGAAAUGUGUUGUUUAGUUUCCAAGUGUUUGGAUUUUCUUGUUAUCUUUCUGUUGAAGAGUUCUAGUUUGAGUCCACUGUGGUCAGAGACAUAAUUUGUAUGAUUUCAACUCAUUUAAAUCUGUUGAGGCGUUUCAACAGAAUGUGUGUCCAAGUGACUCCUGGUGGCUUGCCAUGAUCGUGAUUGUAUGGUGGCUAGUACGCUGUGUUGUGAAAAGAAGUUGUGUCCUGCUGUUGUGGGUAGAAUGUCCGAUCAAUGCCGAUUAGAUCCUGUUGGUUGAUGAUGCUGAGGUCUUUUACAUCCCGGGUGAUUUUCUGUCUAGUUUUCUGUCAACUACUGAGAGAGAGGUGGUGAAGUCUCCAGCUAUAAUUAUGGAUUUGUCUUAUUUUAAAAAAUAAGAGGCUUUGCAAGUUUGUCGUUCUCUCCGUCUGGACUGGAGGCUUCUGUCGCAACCAUGAUCCACCAGAUCAUCGGUCAGGCCAAGGAGCAUCCUAGCUUGAUCCCCCUCUUCAUAUUUAUUGGAGCGGGAGGUACUGGAGCAGCGCUGUAUGUUUUGCGCCUGGCAUUGUUCAAUCCAGAUGUCAGUUGGGACAGAGAGAAUAACCUAGAACCCUGGAACAAACUGGGUCCCAAUGAUCAGUACAAGUUCUACUCAGUGAAUGUAGAUUACAGCAAACUGAAGAAAGAAGGUCCAGACUUCUAAAUUAAAUGUUUCACUGUAAAGCAGUUUAGAAUGAAGUUCUUCCAGAAGCCAUCUGCACAAUUUUCCACUUAACCAGGAAAUAUUUCCCCUCUAAACGCACAAAAUCAUGUUGGUGUAUUGUGAUGGGGUUUACACUGAUUGAUAAAUAGUUUGAAACUUAAAAAAAAAGUCUUCAGAUAACUAACUCUUGAGUAAAAGAGCAAAUUAAAAAUUUUAAAUAACAAAUAAUGAGAGAACACUAUUGGUCAAAAACUUGUGGAAUAGAGCCCGUCAGUCUCAGAGGAAAACCUUUAUCGCCUUAAAUGCAUAACUUAGAAAACAUGAACAGUUAGUAAUCAAUAGUGAUUAAAAGAAUAAUAAGGUAAUAUUAUAAACAGCUCUAUGCCAAUACCUUUGACAAAUUCCUUGAAAAACACAAACUACCAAAGCUCACCAAUGAAGUAGAUAACCAGAAUAGCCCUGUAUCUAUUAAAGAAAUGGAAAUGUUAGUUUAAAAUCUUCCCUUGGGAAUUCCCUGGCGGUCCAGUGGUUAGGACUCUGCUUUCACUGCCGAGGGCAAGGGUUGGAUCCCUGGUUGGGGAACUAAGAUUCCGCAUGCCGUGUGGCCAAAAAAAAAAAAAAGGAACUAAACUAAACUAAACUAAAAUCUUCCCACGAGGAAAAUUGAAAUAACUUGGUGGGGUUAUGUUUUUCAAAAUUCAAUAAAAAGAAAACAAUUUAAUUGUAAAAACAUGGUCAAAGCAUUUGAACAGAUACCUCACCAAAGAAGAUACAUAGAUGACAAAUAAGUAAGCCCAUGAAAGAUGCUCCACAUCUUUAGUCAUUAGGAAAAUGUAAAUUAGGACCACAGUGAGACCCCACCACACACUAUGAAAAUGGCUAAAGUUAAAAAGACUGACUCUACCAAGUGCUGGUGGGAGUUGAAACUCCUCUGCUACCAGUGGAUGAAAAUGGUACAACCACUUUGGAAAACAGUUUGUCACUUUCUUAGUGGUUUUUACCAAGAGAAACGAAAGUGCAUGUAUGUCCGUACAAACAUCGUACACGAGUUUUCAUAGCUGCUUUAUUUGUAAUAUCCCCAAACUGAAGACAGCCCUAGUGUCCAUCAGGGAGUGAGUGUACAAGCACACUGAGGCAUCUCCGUCCAUACAAUGGGAUGGUGCCCAGCGUAAGAUGUCGUGAGCAACUUGGAUGGACCUCAGAGUACUUAUGCUGAGCCAGGAAGUCAGACAAAAAGAGAGAACGUUACGUGUUUCCAUUACAUGAAAGUAUAGAGUAUAGAAAUCCAUGAAAUGAAUCUAUAGGAAUCUACAGCCUGUCAGUGAUUGUCCGAGAAUGGGGAGAACGAAGAGGGGCAGGAGGAAACUUUGGGGGGGUGAUGUUUGCCAUCUGGCCUGGGGUGAUGCUUUCAGGGUGUAUUGUCUGCACAAACUUCUAAAACUGUGCACUGUGAUUGUGUGCAGUUCAUCGUGUGUUAGGAUAAAUGACACAUCAGUGAAACUUUUUCUUUUGGUUGCGCUGGGUCUUAGUUGUGGCAGGUGGACUCCUUAGUUGAGGCAUGCAAACUCUUAGUUGCGGCAUGCAUGUGGGAUCUAGUUCCCUGACCAGGGAUCAAACCCAGGCCCCCUGCAUUGAGAGCACGGAGUCUUUUUUUUUUUUUAAUAGAUCUUUAUUGGAGUAUAAUUGCUUCACAAUGCUGUGUUAGUUUUUGUUGUACAACAAAGUGAAUCAGCCAUAAGCAUACAUACAUCCCCAUAUCCCCUCCCCCUUGAGCCUCCCUCCCACCCUCCCUACACCACCCCUCUAGGUUGUCGCAGAGCACGGAGCUGACCUCCCUGGGGAGCAGGGGGUCUUAACCACUGCACCACCAGGGAAGUCCCCUCAGGGAAACUAUUAAAACCUCUCAAGUGGUCUUCUGGAACACUGGCUCUGGGAAGGUCCCUCUGGAACCUAGUGGCCGUGCUGUGAGAGCCACA